CCUUGGGCAAAACCCUUACCCAACUGUCAAAAGCCCUCCUCCCUGCUUGGACUUCAUUCGUCCAUCGCCGAUCGCUUUUCGCCGUCCGCCGUCCGCCGUAAGCCGUCAGAUGUAUAGAAGCAAGGCGACGCUUCUGAGCAUCACCAAUCUCAGAAUACUGACCAAAGUAUGUAGGCCGUCUUCCGUUUCUUCGGAUUCCGCUACACCCCUUGGUAGUUUCUUGAGAAACCUCAGCAUUGCGGCUGAAAAAUCAAAUUUUUGUAAUGAUUCCAAUGAUUUUGAUCGGGAGAAUUAUGUUCAAACUCGCAGUAACUGGCGUUUUCAGCAAAACCCGGAUGGAUUUUAUAAUGGAAAUGUGAAUGCUACUGCGCAAAGUGGGAGUUUUCCCCCUGGCUAUGUUGAAUAUGAGCAUGGAAAUGAGUUUAAGCAGAAUCCAAUUGGGCAAAAUGAAAAUUCUAGCAGUUACACUUGGGGAAAUUCUGGGAAUGUAUGGGAAAGUUCAGGUGGAUUUAAUGCUGAAAGUUCUAGGGCUUUACAGGGCACAGGUCCCCAUACAGUUAAUAACAGAGAAUUAGCCUAUAUGCAGCAGCAGCAACAACAACAUUACAGUGUUCAUGGUAAGAGUGAAAUUGGAUCAUCAGGGAAUGUUAUUGGCUACAAUGGAAAUGUGAACAAAGGGUUCGAGAAUAACAUGAGUGGUUAUUUUAAUGGCAACCAAAGACAGCCACAAAAUGUAGGCAGCUAUCAGUUGGGGGAUCAUCCGAAUGUUCCUAUGUAUCAGACUACUGGUGCCUUGAACAUGCAGUAUGGGCAGGAUAACUAUCAUGCUGGAAAUACUGGAGGAUAUCAGCAACACACAAGUGGGACUAACUAUCUUAAUGCUGGAAACCCUCAGUGGAAUUCAAAUGAGUUGCAGCAGGAUUCUACAGUGGAACCCCAAGUUCCUAGGGAUGAAGGUGAUGGAAGCAUAAAAGGCACGACUGAGGAACUUGAUCAUUUCUGCAAAGAGGGAAAGAUUGAGGAAGCAGUUAAGGUUCUGGGUUUGCUAGAGCAACAGCAUGUUGCAGUUGAUUUACCUAGAUAUCUAUCUUUGAUGAUGUUGUGUGCUGAGAAUAAAGUUUUAGAAGAGGCUAAAUCAGUUCAUAAACACCUCACGAGAUCAGGAAUUCAUUUGGAAGUCAAAACUUAUAAUAAAAUUCUUGAGAUGUAUGGUAAAUGUGGCUCCAUGGAUGAUGCAUUUGCAGUAUUCAAUCAAAUGCAGAAACGUAAUCUUACAUCCUGGGACCACAUGAUUACUUGGUUUGGUAGAAAUGGUCAAGGAGAAGAUGCUAUUGAAUUAUUCUCUCAAUUUAAAGAAUUGGGAUGGAAACCUGAUGCUAAAAUCUUUUUGGGGGUCUUCUCAGCAUGUGGUGAAGUGGGUGACAUCAUUGAGGGAAUGCUGCACUUCGAAUCAAUGAGCAAGGAUUAUGGCAUUGUUCCCUCCUUGGAGCAUUAUGCGAGUGUGGUAAACAUGAUGGGAAGUGCAGGUUAUUUGGAUGAAGCUCUAGAAUUCAUAGAAAGGAUGCCAAUUGAGCCAAAUGUGGAUGUUUGGAAAACCAUGAUGAAUUUCUGUAGAAUUCAUGGAAAUAGUGAGCUUGGGGAUCGUUGUACCGACAUCGUUGAGAUCCUUGAACCUUCUUGCUUGAAUGAACAAUCAAGGGCAGGCUUAAUACCAGUCAUAGCUUCAGACCUUGUAAAAGAGAAAAAAAUACAGAAAUCAGCUAGUCAAAGUCUUCUAGAGGCUCGAAGUAGGGUACAUGAAUAUAGAGCCGGAGAUAGAUCUUGCCCAGAUCAUGAAAAAUUAUAUGCUCUUUUGGGUGGGCUAAAGCAACAAAUGAAAGAGGCUGGUUAUAUACCAGAAGUUAAAUUUGUGCUUCAUGACAUUGAUCUAGAAGGUAAGGAGGAAGCUAUUCUGGCACAUAGUGAGAAACUUGCUGUUGCUAGAGGUCUCAUUGAUAGUCCAGCUAGGUCAUCAAUACGGAUCAUAAAGAACCUUCGUAUUUGUGGUGAUUGCCAUAGUGCAAUGAAGAUCAUCUCUAAACUGGUUGGUAGGGAACUUAUUAUACGUGAUGCAAAGCGGUUUCAUCAUUUCAGAGAUGGAUUGUGUUCUUGUCGUGAUUAUUGGUGAUAAUGAUGGACUUAAAGUGUUUGAAAUGCAUUUUUUGGGUGACCCCCCAGGAUGCGGCAAACUGACAUUUCCCCGGGGAUGCUCCUGUAGAGUGAUACUUCUCUUUGGCGAUUGCAGCAACAACAACACCUGGUGCUCGGGGCAGUCGCAUGUUUGGGCAAUUUUUGUCUGCCCCAAUUGACCAAAAAAAAAAAAAAAAGUGGAAAAGAGAAAGAGGGGAGCUGGGGAGGGAGAGGUUGUAAGGGGAUAUCAAGACUUAAAGGUCAUAAGAGAGUAGUAGGUUUCUGUAGUAGGCUUAGUAAAUGAAAAUGAUAUAUUAAUACUGUAUGAGUCACCACAUUCCUUCUAAUAUAUAUUACCAGUGUAUUCAUAACAUUUAUUUUUCAUUCCUAAGACUAGUGUUCUACAUUAGAUUAUGGUAUUUUUCUUUCCAGGUCUCUUUUAUGCCAAAAUGAAUAAAUUGGGAAAAUAUGAGCUUUUGGCUC